UUUCCGUAAAAGUGCGGCAAACUCGUUCAAAAUGGGUAAAGGAAAAGCAGAAGUUGGGACGCCAAAGUAUUUGGCCAAUAAAAUGAAGGCGAAAGGCUUGCAAAAGUUGCGUUGGUAUUGCCAGAUGUGUGAAAAGCAGUGUCGCGAUGAGAACGGGUUCAAGUGCCACACCAUGAGUGAAUCGCAUCAGCGACAAAUUUUACUCUUUGCGGAUAAUGCUGGCCGUUUUAUCGAUGGAUUUUCUUCCGAGUUCCUGACAGGAUAUCUACAGAUAUUGCGGCGACAGUUCGGAACAAAGCGUGUUGCUGCCAACAAGGUGUACCAGGAGUACAUCGCCGAUCGUCAUCAUCUUCACAUGAACGCUACCAAAUGGCAUUCGCUGUCCGACUUUGUAAAGUACCUUGGUCGGAAUGGGCACUGUGUGGCGGAUGAAACGGAUAAAGGCUGGUUCAUAACGUACAUUGACCGCGAUCCCGAAACGCUGGCAAUGCAAGAAAAGAUGGCAAAGAAGCAAAAAAUGGAUAAAGAUGAUGCGGAAAGAUUGGCGGAUUUUAUCGAGGAACAGGUGCGGAGGGGCAAAACUGUGGACGAACCCAGUAGCUCGGGAUACUCGGAACUGAAGCGAGCGAAUGAGGAGGAAACGAUUAAAAUUGACCUUAAGCUGAGUAUUAAACAGCCUCAGCAACAAGGCACACCGGCGGUGGUAAUCAAGCGUCCAUUCGAUGCGAUAGAUGACUCGAAAAAGGAGAAAAAGAUAAAAUCUUCUUCUAGCAGUGGGGGAGAAACGAAAAAGUUAUCCGCAUUGGACGAGCUUAUCAAAGAGGAGGAGCAGAAGAAGGAGAAAAACAACCGCAAGGACUAUUGGCUUGCAGAGGGAAUUGUAGUCAAGCUGGUCACCCGUUCCUUAGGCGAAAAAUAUUACAAGGAGAAAGGCGUAGUCGUGGAGGUGAUUGAAAAGUAUCGUGCAAAGUUGAAGUUGCUUGAAACUGGUGAGAAAUUGAAGGUAGAUCAAGCCCAUUUGGAAACCGUAAUUCCUGCCGUUGGGAAACAAAUCUUAGUGCUGAACGGAGGCUAUCGAGGUUGUACAGCAACGUUGAAAGCGAUCAACACAGAACGAUACAGCGUGACGAUAGAAAUAGCUUCCGGACCAUUGAAAGGGCGAUUGGUGAGCAACGUUGCUUAUGAAGAUAUCAGUAAACUAUUUGUUUAAA